GCCGGCGCACCCCCCCACGCCCACGCAGCCACACUAGCUCCUUCCGGCGGCUUUACCGCUCCACGUCGCGCGCCUCCGCGCACUCGCUCGUCGACCGAUGCCACUGCUGCUGCGCGGCGCCUCCCUCCUCCGCAUCUACCAGUGUAGCUGUGGGCUCCGAGGUGCGAAUUUUAGUUCCAGAAAGCCCGUGCUCACAAAUCUGAACUUCAUGAGGGACGGAAUGCGGGCUACAUAUUCGCGCAAAGCUGUCUCUAAGAAAACUGAGAUCAAGAAUGAUGAGAAGUCAGUCACAGAGGAGGAAGAUGCUGCUGGAAGCGAUUUGGAGAUAGAGCGAGUGAAGAGUGACCCUAGCCAGCUCCAAUCAAUGACGGUGAAAGAGCUCAGGGAGCUUACAAGGAGGAUGGGUGUUUCUGGGAAAGGCACCAAGAAAGAUUUAGUAUCAGCACUGAUGGAUUCUCUGGGGGUGGAAGGAAAUGGUAAAGUGGGGAAGUCAUCUUCUGAGCUGGUUAGCCCCUCGGAAGAACCUUUAAAAAGAAAAGGUGGCGCUUCAGCUGUGGUUGAACAAAACCUAGAAAGUUCUGAGGUUAUAUCUGAAACUCCUAGCAAGAAAAGAAGUAGAACAAAACAGAAAUCAAUCAAGGCCACCACUCUUGAGGAGAAUUCUGUGAGUAAUGUCAAGAUAAAUAAGACUUCAGUCCAGAAGGAAACACUUGUUGUCAAAGGGGCCGCUCCUAAGGCAGGAUUAUGUCCUAAUGAAAAUUCAGAACCUUGGAAUGUACUUGUACAUAAGAAACCACAAGCCGGGUGGAUUCCUUACAACCCUAAGACUAUGAGGCCUCCACCUCUAAGUAAGGAUACACGGGCUCUGAAGAUUCUGUCAUGGAAUGUCAAUGGAUUGAAAGCUUUGCUCAAAUCAAGAGGCUUCUCUGUGCAGCAGUUAGCAGAGAGGGAGAACUUUGAUGUGCUAUGCCUACAAGAGACAAAAAUGCAGGAGAAGGAUGUUGAAGUUAUUAAGGAUACUCUGCUGGAUGGCUACACAAAUAGUUUCUGGACAUGCAGUGUGUCAAAGCUUGGCUAUUCGGGAACAGCAAUAAUUUCACGAGUGAAACCCCUCUCGAUCAAGUAUGGGCUUGGUGUACCAGACCAUGAUACUGAAGGGAGGGUUGUGACUGUGGAAUUUGAUGACUUCUACUUGCUAACUGCUUAUGUGCCGAAUUCGGGUGAUGGUCUAAGAAGACUGACUUACAGGGUCACAGAGUGGGAUACAUCCCUUGGUAACUACAUGAAAGAAUUGGAAAAAUCAAAGCCUGUCAUACUAACCGGUGAUCUUAACUGUGCCCAUCAGGAGAUUGAUAUCCAUGAUCCUGCUGGCAAUCGUAGAAGUGCUGGCUUCACAAAUGAAGAAAGAGAAUCAUUUGAGACUAACUUUUUGUCCAAAGGAUUUGUUGACACAUUUCGGAAACAGCAUCCCAACGUUGUUGCAUAUAGUUAUUGGGGUUACAGGCAUAAUGGCCGCAAAACAAAUAAAGGUUGGCGCCUGGAUUACUUUCUUGUGUCGGAGUCUAUCGUGGAAAAGGUGCACGAUUCAUAUAUUCUUCCGGACAUCUCUGCCAGUGAUCACAGCCCCCUUGGCCUCAUACUGAAGCUCUAGGCUGCAUCACUAGCAUGCCAAACACUCAAUCUGAAGCUGGGUCCUUAAGUUUCAACAACAAUUCUUAUUCUUCAGGGUCUUGGUUUGCGCGGACCUGUGGCAGAGUCUGCGAUUUUGCAUCAGGCCACUAGUGAAAAGACACCAGCUGAUACUAAUGCUGCAUUUUGUGAUGUAAAUAUGUCGGCCGAUGAAUAGAUUGCAUCUUCGGCCUCAGUUCUGUAGCUCAGUACGGGGAGCCUAUUGUCCGGUUAUGAAACUUAUGACUGAAAGUAUGCAGUGGGUAUAAACUUGCUCAAUGUCACAAUCAUUGUGUGUUUGUGGUUUAGCCGAUGGACCCUUCAAAAUGCACGUUUUGCUUGAACA